AUGGAGCCGGUUCUAUUCAACCAGGAUAUACAGUUGGGCAGCGAGCGCGUGCUUGGAAUUACCUGGGAUCCGGAAACGGACGUGUUUGCGUUUCCAAUAAUGCACCGGGAGAGUGUCAGAGCGAAUGUGUACGAUAGUAAGCGGCCAGCGAGGUGCAACGAGAAGCACCACACUCUAUUACACCCGUCCUCCCCCAACGGUCGUGCCACCCAACCCCAAGCAAAACCACCAAUUCGGACCCAGCAAUACACCUCCAAUACUGAUGACGAGUCCGUGAUACCGGCUCUGGUAUCUGUUCUCACUCCAUUUGCCUCAAACACCUCGUCCGCCACCCAACUGCCAUCCACUUCGAACGCGUUAGCUGCUGUCAGCUCAUCGAAAGCUACCUACUCAACUGUCCUGCUGUCUACUACCGUGGUCCAUGGCCCUUCCGGAAAGUCCACAUUUGUUAGAACCUUGCUGGAUUCCGGCUCCGAGUCAAAUUUUAUCACCGAAAGAAUCGUUCAGCUUCUGGGUCUACACCGGCAAAAGCGAGUUGCAGUUAUCGCCGGAAUGGGUGGAUCCACUGUGAAUAGUCACCAAUGUACCGUCGCAACAUUCUGUUCCGUUGAUUCCACCUACUCGAAUACUUUGGAAUUCAGCAUUCUCUCCAAGAUUACCAACGAUCUUCCAGGAAGGAUACUCGAUGUUUCGAAAUGGAACAUCCCUUCCACGGUAGUCCUAGCAGAUCCAGAUUUUGCCACCCCACAAAGGAUCGACAUGGUCAUCGGAGCUCAACUUUUCUUCAGUCUUCUUCGAGAAGGUCAACUACCGGUUGGAACCGGUUCUCCAACAAGUCAUCCAGUUCUACAGCGUACCGUGCUUGGCUGGGUAAUUAGUGGUUCUGUAUCUACCGCUGUUCAAGCCCGGUGUAUCAAACCAGUCGCACUCCUGUGCACAACGGAGGAGCUCGAUAGACAGUUAUCUCGAUUCUGGGAAGUUGAAAGUUGUCCCACCAGUCGGGGACUUUCCAAGGAGGAAGCAGCUUGUGAGCAAUACUUCACAGAAACAACCACCCAUGACGAAUCAGGUCGGUUCAUCGUGCGCCUACCCAAGAAGGAAGGCAUCUUGAGUCAUCUUGGUGACUCCAAAGCUGGAGCUCUCCGUCGGUUAAUCAAAAAUCUUGAUCUGAAAGCUCAAUCCGUUGCAAGACACCACCCAUUCUAUCUUCCUCAUCACGCUGUGCUCAAGCCAAGCAGCACCACCACCAAGUGCAGGGUGGUUUUCGAUGGGUCCAGCAAGUCUUCUACGGGAAUCUCGCUCAAUGAUUGUCUCAUGGUCGGACCGACUGUGCAGGACACGUUGUAUUCCAUUGUCGUCAGGUUCCGAAUUAACGAGAUAGCUCUCGUGGCCGAUAUCGCCAAAAUGUACCGGCAGAUCUGGGUACACCCAGACGAUCGACAUCUUCAACGGAUAUUUUGGAAAGGCGAGACAGAUUUCGUCGUUCGCCCCUACGAGCUCACUACGGUGACGUAUGGCACAUCCAGUGCGCCGUAUUUAGCAACACGAUGCCUACAGCAACUCUCCUACGAACACUCCAAGGAUGAUGGGGAUAUCCCAUCGAAGAUCGGCAAGGAUUUUUAUGUGGACGACUUCCUCAGCGGAUCCGACACAGACAAACGGUCGAUUGUGGAAGUGGACGACAUCCAGGGCUCUGUCAGCACACUCGGACUUCUGUGGCAUCCUGAGUCAGAUACAUUCCGAUUUAAAGUUCACGAGUUCUCCAAGAAUCUCCCAAUCACCAAGCGGAUCGUUGUCUCUGAGAUGUCCAAGCUAUUCGAUCCAUUGGGCAUUCUUGGUCCAGUGGUAAUCCGGGCAAAAGUUUUCGUUCAACAACUGUGGAAAACGAACUUAGACUGGGACGAACCGCUUCCCAUCGCACUCAACGGCGAGUGGGAAAGUUACAGACUUGGUUUAGCAGCUCUUGAACGUUUCUCAAUCUCUCGUUUGGUAAAAGCUCCAGGCGCAGGAGCAAGCAUACAAUUGCACGGAUUCUGCGAUGCGUCUCAGCAUGCCUACGGAGCAUGCAUCUACAUUCGUAGUACCGGCAUGGAUGGUGCCAUCGUUUGCCGUCUCCUAACCGCUAAAUCCCGAGUAGCUCCUAUUCAAACCCUGUCGAUUCCCCGCUUGGAGCUCAGUUCUGCUGUACUCCUGUCUCAGUUGUACCAAAACGUAGUGUGCAGUCUCAACAUGACACCUGAGGCCUACUUUUGGUCUGACUCCUCCAUCACUCUACACUGGUUGCACAAUCCACCGGCAAACUACAACACGUUCGUGGCUAAUCGAGUCGCGGAAGUUCAACGAAUGACUGAAGGAGGCACCUGGAAUCACGUCGCCGGUUUGGAAAAUCCGGCAGAUCUCAUCUCGCGAGGCAUUGAUCCUUGCGAGCUCGCCAACGUCGCCUUUUGGUGGAAGGGCCCACCUUGGCUAUCGUCCGACGCUUUGGUAUGGUCAAGCAUGUUUUUAAUUCCGGAAUCACAAGAAGUCCUUCCAGAAAUCCUCGAAGUAAAGCCAACUACGCUUGCAGCAGUCGCACGUUCAGUAAAGGUACCCGAUCACACUCUGAUCUGUCGCUACUCGUCACUGACGAGACUUAUUCGCAUCGCCGCUUAUAACCGCCGUUUUGUACGGCCUUGUCGUUCUAAUAUAGCUGGAGCAGGUCUACAAGUUACACCGUUUCUCACCGCAGAUGAAUUGCAACAGGCGCUGAUCGGCCUCGUGAAGAUUGCUUCAGCCAUGAAAUCGCUCGUUCUCGUUCACCCGCAAGCAUCCGAUACUUCUACCUGA